AUGUUAAUAAUCAAUUAUGUUUUUUUUGUUUUUGUUACUGAAAAAUUAGAACAUCUAAGCAAUUUAAGUAAAAAAAACCAUAUUAUUAUUCAACAACUGGAAAGAGGUCAGAGAGUUACACGUCACAUCAAAAUAAAAUAUUUGGCAAACUCUGAGCGAAUUAUGACUGCUACAAGACAGCUAACUCUUGGUACUAUCACUGUUAAAGAGUUUCUUUUGCAAUGCUCGCAUAGCGCAGAAACUUAUCUGAGACAAGAAAUUAAUUGGCAUAAUAAUAUCGAACAAGAUAAAAAUAUGCAAGCCAGUGACCAUCAAGAAGAUGAAGUCAUGCAGGUCAAUGUUCAUCAAGAUGAUAAUAAUGAAAGAAGUAAUGAUGUGAUAGUUUAUGACCAAAUCGAACCUCUACAACACGUGGACAAUGUAAUUGAGAACGACAAUGAUUCUGAUGACAGUGUAUAUUUUCCAUUUUUAAGACCUCAAAUAAGGAGAAUAGAAAGAAAUGAAUCUGUAGUGAAUGACGGUAUAAAUAUAAAUCAUGAACCUCUAAAUAAUGAAAAUGGAUCUCCUUCACAUCAAGAAAUUCACUGGAACGAAGAAGAUUUCAUUAUACCUGAAGAAUUAGAUCCAGGCAUUAUUUAUAUGAUGGAAACAGAAAAAAAUAGGAGAAUUUUGGAAAUGCAAAAUUUACCUUAUGUCCAAGUCCAAGUACCUGAAAUUCUUCCUGCUGUUGAAACAGGAAACCAAGUAAAUAUGUGUGUUGCUUGUCUUGAUGCAGAAAGUACUCACGCCUUGUCUCUAUGUGGACAUAAAUCUUUAUGUUUAGUGUGUUUAGAAUCAUUAGUUUCAGAACGCUGUCCAAUAUUUAACAGUAUAUUCACUUCAUAUUUACGCAUUUGGUAG